CACCAAGACCUCAACAUGCGCAACAUCAUCGUCGGCGACGACGGCCGGCUGUGGCUCGUCGACUGGGCGUGGGCCGGAUUCUACCCGCCGUGGUUCGAGUACCUCGCCAUGAAAGUGCAGACGGCCCACGAGGAACGGCUGAUGAAUCGCAAGGAGCCCUUCUGGACUUUGAUGGUCCCGUUCAUCUGCCGUCCGUAUUACCCGGAGGAGCGGUGGAUGCGUCGCAUGUAUGCAGCAUGAUAUUAUCGGUUUCACAGGAAGCUAUGAGUUCUGCCGUGUUCGCCGCUCCCUCUACUUGUGUUACAGCACCACUGAAUCCACA